AACCCACCCGUGGCUCGACGGCAAAUUCAUUGAAACCCCCUCGAUCUCUCCGCACCUGCGACGAACCGGUCGCAGCGCCUCGGUCUCAUCGAAACCUCUUUCAUUUAAGGAGCGGGGCGGCCUCCGAUCGAUCCAGACGCGAACCCCGCGCAUCCUCCUCCUGCAGACUUGUUGUUCGUUGGAUCAAAUUAGGGUAUCUGAAGCCAAAUCACUGGGUUCUGUCAUGGUUCAUCCAGGUUUAUCUGACGUGUGAAGAACAAUGGGGGCAUCCGCAGCUGCUGGCUUGCAAGCUGUGGUAGCACGGCCUUACAUCAUUUCUCCUACACGAAUGUUCACAUCGACGACAACAAUUUCUGGGUUCAACCUGAAAGUAGCCAAACAAGGAUUAACAAACUCAUCUGGCAUCUUCUCUCGCCAAUCUCUUUGUGAGAGAUAUCCGUCAGCCUCCUCAAAGAACUGCAGAGUUGUUACUAGGGCAAUGUCUGGGGAAACUGAGAAAGGGACUGCAUACGGGUUGCCUAUUGAUCUAAGAGGUAAGAGAGCAUUUAUUGCUGGAGUGGCUGAUGACAAUGGCUAUGGUUGGGCAAUUGCAAAGGCUCUUGCUGCUGCUGGGGCUGAAAUUAUCGUUGGUACAUGGGUGCCUGCACUAAACAUUUUUGAGACAAGCUUAAGGCGUGGAAAAUUUGAUGAGUCACGUCGAUUGCCAAAUGGUUCACUUAUGGAGAUCUCCAAAAUAUAUCCUCUUGAUGCUAUUUAUGAUACACCUGAGGAUGUUCCAGAAGAUGUCAAGACAAAUAAACGUUAUGCAGGAUGUUCAAACUGGACUGUUAAGGAAGUUGCUGAAUCUGUGAAGAAUGAUUUUGGCAGCAUUGACAUUCUUGUGCAUUCUCUUGCCAAUGGCCCGGAGGUAACCAAGUCACUGUUGGAGACAUCUAGAAGAGGAUACCUUGCUGCGAUCUCAGCAUCAAGUUACUCUUUUGUUUCAUUGCUCCAGCAUUUCCUCCCAAUAAUGAAUUCAGGGGGUGCUUCAAUAUCUCUAACAUACAUUGCCUCUGAAAGAACUAUCCCAGGAUAUGGUGGUGGAAUGAGUUCAGCAAAAGCAGCCUUGGAGAGUGAUACCAGAGUGCUGGCUUUUGAAGCCGGAAGAAAAGGCCAAAUUAGAGUCAAUACAAUAUCUGCAGGGCCAUUGGGAAGUCGAGCUGCAAAAGCUAUUGGAUUCAUUGAAAAGAUGAUAGAUUAUUCAUACUCUAAUGCACCGCUGCAGAAAGAAUUGCUCGCAGAUGAAGUUGGCAACACAGCAGCUUUCUUGGUAUCCCCACUAGCUUCAGCAGUGACGGGUUCUGUUGUGUAUGUGGACAAUGGUCUGAACACCAUGGGAUUCGCAAUCGAUAGCUCAACGCUAGCAACAUAAUCGUAGGGAUAAAAAAGAAUAGAGGUUUCGACUUUUGUUUCUUUUGCGGCUUUGUCACCAUUGAAUAAAGAGUGGGAUUGUCUUGGUGCAUUUAGGGUUCAAGUCAUUUUACUUAGCACUUGCUAGUGGAGUAAUUAAAAAGUCAAACGUGUUCAAACUAUUUUUAGUCUAAUUUAUGAUGUUAGUAUGCUUGUUUUCUACAUUUCAUAGGCAUCUAUUUUUGUUGAGUUUUUGUUUA